UAAUAACAAUUUGGUGAUAACACUCCCCUUUCUCUCCUGUACUGCAUGGGACUAGUCUAUCAAUUCAAACUCUACAGGACAACCUCAAUUUUCAAAAAUGCAGGCUCUCCACUGGGAUGCUAGCAGAGGGUCAGUGAAACUGGUCUCACUGGAGAAACCCCAGAUUACCAAGCCAGACCAACUGCUCAUCAAGGUGGCUUACAGUGGCGUAUGUGGGACUGAUCUCCAUGUUAUGAAACAAGAGUUUCCAGCAGCUGAAAAAGUUGUCAUGGGGCAUGAGUUUACUGGAACUGUAGAGAAUAUUGGAGGAGAGGUGACUGGAUUCAAAAUUGGAGAUAAUGUUGCAGUUGAUCCAAACAGCUCCUGUAUGAAAUGUGCAUUCUGUCUCAAAGGCCAGCCUAAUUACUGCCCAACAGGGGGUGGUAGGUCAGCAAUUGGAAUGUUCCAGAAUGGAGGGUGGGCAGAGUAUUGUGUGGUCCCUGUAGCCCAGGUGUUUUCCCUCCCAGCAGAUUUGAGUCUUGCUACCAGUGCCCUAUGUGAGCCAAUGUCCUGCCUCCAACGUGGAUGGGACAUGAUUCAGCCAUUACUUGAUGAUGCCAAGAUACUCAUAACUGGCGCUGGUAUGAUUGGACUCCUCUGGGCCUCUCUGCUUCACCACAAAGGCUACAGAAAUAUCACUCUUUCUGAACCGACUGAUGGGAGAAGAAAACUUGCAAAGAACCUUGGGCUCAAUUUGAAAGUGCUUACACCAGACAUCUUAGCAACACAGUACAAAGACGUAGACACAGCAGUUCAUGGGUUUGAUUUAAUCAUGGAUUGUACAGGGUCUCCCCGAGCUAUUGAGGCCAUAUUUCCCUUACUUUGUAGAGGUGCUACAUUGUGUACUUUUGGAUGCUGCCCUAGUGGGUCUAAGGCUAACAUCUGCCCUGCUGAUAUCAUGAUGAAGGAGCUAAGAAUCGUAGGUUCCCUGAUCAACCCCUAUACCUUCAUUAAGGCAGUCCCAUUAGUAGCUGCUAUGGGGGAACGCUACCUGGAUUAUGAAAAGCUAGGGGUCAAGGUCUACAGCCUUGAUGGCUUUGAUGAUGCAUUCAAGGACUUGAAGAAUGGCAAUAUAUCAAAGGCCAUGUUCAAACUCAAUGAAAACUGAAGAUUCAUUGAAAAUAUACCAAGAUAAUUCUUAUAGACAUACAAACAUGAUAUUAAUUAGAUUGAGGAGUAACAGAGUUAUUAUUUGGCAAAACGUAUCCAAUUAUAAUAAAAAAAGUUUGAAACUUAAUAUUUACAAAGAAAAAGCAAAUAUAUUAUGUUUGUGAUUGAGUCCAUUAUUAAACACCAGAAAAUAUAUAAUCAAUACAUAAUUCUCACAAUUCUUUAUUUAAAUUCAAAUUCUCUCUUAGUGAAUUUGUGAAAAUUAAAUUACUGUUGUAUAGACACCAAAAACUGGAAAGUGCAAAAAUAUAUGUAUAUAUAUGAUACAUACCUAAGCCUGAUUUCAUGAUACUGA